GUGGCAACUUCAACUUCGCCGGCUGCACUUGGCAACAAGUCUGUCUGCAAGCAACUGCGACUCCAAUUGAGGGUCAAGGUCAGCGCUCGCGCAUCAGCUGCUGCGCAUGUGUGACGACCACGACUGCGGCCGCGACGGUGGCUCCGCGAAAGCUGCGCUCCGAGUUUCUGGAGCCGCACGCGGAUGGGCAAGAAGCAGAGAGAGGUUGGCAGGCCGGUUUGGCCACUUUUCGCUGUUCUCCAUGCUUAAGUGCGGUGCGAUCGCGGGGCGACCAAGUAAACGCCGCAUUUACUUAGGCCUACGAGGGGCGUUACGAAAGUUCUCAUCUGCAUAUGAUUGGCGCGCAUACGGAUCUGGUAGUCGCAAUAUCUGACAACUUUCGAUAUUUCCAAUAUAAAUUCAAACACUAAAUACAACUUAUUCCGAAAGUGAGCCAAAAUUGCCGUUAAGUACAAUAUAAAAUUAAAAAAAUGUCCAAAAGCAAUUGCAAUGACUGCACAUGCCGUUUGGCCAACGAGGUGGGCCAGCUAAAGGACCGCAUCCCAUAGCCAUUGUGAAUGCCCAGAGCAGGACGCUCGCCAAGCUGGUCCGCCAGAUGAAGGAAGGCUGCAAGAAGGACGAGGAGGCCAAGGAGUCCACUUUGUGCGGUCUGAAUCCCUGCCUGAAGUGCCUGCAGCCAGACAUAUUGUACCACCUGGGCCUGAGCACGGACACCACCGACUUUCCCAAGGUGUUUGGGGAUGUGAGGUUCGUUUGCAUGGGAGGCACUCCGGGUCGGAUGGAAAACUUUGCCUACUACGUGAUGCAGGAGAUCGGGCUGAAGAUAAACGCGGCAACCAAGCUACGGAACAUAUCGGAGGCCGGCCAGCGAUUCUCCUUGUUCAAGGUGGGUCCCGUGCUCUGUGCCAGCCACGGAAUGGGCUGUCCCUCGAUCUCCAUCCUGCUGCACGAACUCAUCAAGAUGAUGUACCACGCCAAGUGCAAGGAUCCCGUCUUCAUCAGAAUUGGCACCAGCGGCGGCAUUGGCGUUGAGCCCGGAACCGUGAUCAUCACCUCCGAGGCGAUUGAUGGGCGCUUAAAUCCCGCCCACGAGAUCCUGGUGCACGGCGUCAGUGUCCAGCAUGCCAGCCAGCUGGAUGAGAGUCUGGCCGAUGAAAUCAAGAUGUGCCACGAUCCCUGCAAGGACACUUACGAGGCCGUCAUCGGCCGGACCCUGUGUGCCCAUGAUUUCUACGAGGGCCAGUCGCGUUUGGACGGAGCGUUUUGCGAGUACACGCCCGAAAUGAAGAAGACCUACUUGGAGCAGCUGCAGAGCCAGGAGGUGAAGAACAUCGAGAUGGAGAGCUUGGCCUUUGCCGCCCUCACCAGUCGGGCCAACAUCAGGGGCGCAGUCGUCUGUGUGGCCAUCCUGAAUCGCCUGAAUGGGGAUCAAAUCAAAACGCCACAUGAGGUUCUGUCCAAGUGGGAGAAGCGACCCCAGGAGCUCGUGGCCCGCUACAUACGCAAGAGUCUGUACUAUAACGAAAAUGACGAUGACUCGGAGCAGCCGGAGGACGAGACCGAAGGAGCAGCAGCUGGGACUGGGGCCGGCGCGGGGGACACCCAAAAGGCGCCUGCAGCGGAAGCCGAGUAGUCUGGUCCUUCGUAUCUAGGUAAACCAUAUGGAUGUGCCAUAGUAGCUCAAAGUUUCGAUCAUUAAACACACGUCUGGUUGUUCAGUUCAA